AUGCGUCCAGCUAUCCUCCUCGCAGCCCUCGCCAGCGUUGCCCCCGUGCUCGCUCAGGAGGAAACCACCACCGACGUCGUUCCCACCGAGCUCCCAACCGAGUCCUCCAGCUUCAUCGAUCCCACGCAGACCGAGACCGGCAGCGAGUCUGCUGAGCCCACCGAGACUGCAACUGAGACUGCCACCGAGACUGCCACCGAGACCGAGACGGACUCAGAGACUUCGUCGACCCCUGAGACAACCCCGACCGAGUCCGCUGACGACCCCGAGUCCACCUCGACUGAGGAAGGCGGCGAUACCUCGACGUCUGACUCUGAUGACACUGAAACCUCCACCUCCGAGGCCGAUGAACCCACUUCUACGUCCGGCGACGACUCUGAGGAAACCCCCAGCCCUACCGAGUCUGGUGGCGCCGAUGAGACGCCCUCUGAUGAUGCCGCUGCGCACCUUGACUCUUCGCUGCUGAUGUAUGCUGCUCUUGGAUACGCGGCUUACGGUGUUGUCUUUUAG